GAGUCUGCCAAUAGUCUUGGAAUUGUUUUGGCUAGUCAGUUAAGUGCUGACGUUAUUGAAAUUUCAAGAGAAGAUAUUGAUUAUAAAUAUUUUUGCAUUCCUCACGUCGAACAGUUUCUUCUCAUUCCUCUUUUGCAUCAUCUCUUACACGAUUUUUCGCAACAACCCGCACAUUCUGCUUAAAUGAUUUUAAUAACAUAAAUUUAAUAAAAAUUUUAAUUUUACAUGAGCUCUACAAGCAAUAUGUUUGGCGAAUCAAUCUUUGAAAGCCAAGAAGAAAAUGAUCAUCAGAUAUUGAUCCCAAGGAAGUUAUAUAGUAUAAAAGACAACGUAUCAACAACCUCAACCCCUUCACAAGAUAAGGAGAAUGUACCAACUCAAAAAUUAAAUACGACGGCCAUUCUAAGACAAAUUCUGGGAAAGCAGAGAGAAAUAUUGGAUAAGAUACAUACUUUAGAAUCAAAUCAACAGAUAUUAUUCGAUACAUUAGGUUCACUAAAUAAUGGACAAGUGUUGAUAACAGGGCAUCAGAAACAAAUUACGGACAAAUUGGAAACAGUGGAACAAAAAUCGAUAGAUAGAUCGGAAAUGCUAGCACAGAGUUCCCUGAUUAGGGAAUGUAAGGUGCAUUUAAAAAAAAUUGAGCGAUCGGUGUGCCUCAUGACCGGAGAGGAAAAAGACGAGGCUCUCGACCAGGUAGCAAGCCUUUUACCUAUUCAAAACUUUGAGGGAAGAAAUGUUAGAGAAACCUGAGUUCGCACAAUCUAUGACCAGUUAUGUCCACAAACUUAAAGGGACAUCGGACAAUAUUGAAAACUCUUUCAAAUAUAACAUAAAAAAUAA